AUGUCCGCAAGGCACGGCCGCGAUGACUACUACUGGUCCGACACAGAACAAACACACAGGAUGCGGACUCGUGAGAUGCUGAAAGCGCAUGGACCAGAAAUCAAGAAACUCUAUGGGCCUGAUCCGUGGCUGCCACGCAUCCUGACGCCGCUUGUUCUUCUUCAGAUAUAUCUCGGGUACCGUGCGAAGGACAUGGGGUGGCCCACUCUUCUCCUCGUCGCGUAUUUUGUGGGUGGCACAAUCACACAUAACUGCUUCUUGGGGAUUCACGAGGUCACACAUAACCUGUGCUUCGCCACACCGUUCUACAACGACCUGUAUGCACUGUUCGCGAAUCUGGUGGUGCCCGUGCCGUAUGCGAUGGUAUUCAAGACGUACCACGCUGAGCAUCACCGCUACUUGGGCUGGGACGGCAUCGACACCGAUGUGCCCACACAGUUUGAGGGACGGUACCUAUCAAACUAUGCUGGCAAGUUUUUAUUUCUCACGUUUCAGGUGCUGUUCUACGCUUUCCGACCCACUGUUGUGCGGACAAUUAAGUUUGAGAAGAUGCAUGUGAUUAAUUACAUUCUUCAGCUGACCUUUAAUCUGCUUGUAUACUACUUCUGGGGCUGGUGGCCACUGUUAUACUUCUUCCUCUCUAUUUUCCUAGGCACCAGUUGGCACCCACUCGCUGGCCACUUCAUUUCAGAGCAUUUUGUGUUUGUAGGGAAUGGUGAGCAAGAGACCUUCUCGUACUACGGCCCGCUAAACUGGGUAAUGUGGAAUGUCGGUUAUCAUGUUGAGCACCACGACUUUCCGAACAUACCAUGGACGCGAAUUACACAGCUGAGAAAGAUUGCACCGGAGUUCUACGUUGACCUGCACCGUACCAAGUCGUGCCCCGGGACUUUGUUUGACUUUCUACUACAGCCGAACGUCAACCUCUACAGCCGCGUUAUGCGCGAGCGCGGUGCUGCCAAGCGCGAGAAGCUGUUGCCAACAUCGACGGGUUGUAUGAAGUCGGUGGAACCACACCAAGGUUCGUGCUCGUAG